AUCCUGUGCUCAGUUCUCAUCAUGAGCAGGUAAGACAGACUCCAAGGAGGGGAACAUCACGUCUGUGACUCAGUGCUGAGCUCUUUUUCCCUGAGACUGAUCCAUCUUACAGCGAGAGACAAACAUGGCCUUCCAGAGCUCAUGUUUGAAAAGGAAGCAACCAUACCAACCACCAGUGUUGACCUUGUGUUUGGCUCUUCUGUCCCUCGUCUUCUCUCCGUCUCUGGGCCAAUUAGAUCUGAGCCGAUUGGAUGGGGAUACCGUCUGCCCACCAAUGAGAAUUGGACAAGAUGACCUUCCAGGUUUUGAUCUGAUCACCCAGUUUCAGCUGGACGUGAUUCCCCUGAAAGGUGUGAGGAAGGUGGAUGGGUCCACCCCACUCCAGGUGGCCUAUCGUCUUGACAGGGAGGCCAACUUCCAAAUUCCAACAAUCCUCAACUUUCCCCGUGGUUUCCCAGAUGAAUACUCUUUCAUGACCACCUUUCGCAUGAUCAAGAACACAGUGAACAAGGUCUGGAACGUUUGGCAAAUAGUGGAUGAAGACGGCUACAAACAAGYGGGACUCCGACUGAACGGGGACCAGCAGUCUCUGGAGUACUUCCUGAUGGGCGCAGAUGGGAACCUGCAGACUGUCACCUUCCCUGGCCUUUCUGUGCUUUACAACACCAAGUGGCACAAGGUGAUGAUCGGUGUCGAACGUGAUCAGGUCACGCUGUAUGUGGAUUGUCAACCCAUGGAUCAAAAGCCCAUCAAAGGCAAAGGGCCCAUCAACACAGCGGGAGACACUCUCAUCGGCAGGCUGGAUUCGGAUCCCGAAGCUUCGGUUGUGUUUGAGCUUCAGUGGAUGUUGAUUCACUGCGACCCAAAGAGAGCUCAAAGAGAAAGCUGCAGUGAGCUUCCUGCCACUGAGAUGUUUGCCAAUGCUGAGCCUGAAAAAACAGUUCCAGGUCCACCAGGUGCUCCUGGACCAGAGGGCCCCCGAGGGCCCCCAGGAGAAGAUGGCAGAGAUGGAAGAGAUGGGUUUCCAGGGUCUCCGGGCAGUCCAGGUGGUCCUGGCAGCAAAGGGGAGAAGGGAGAGAUUGGUCUUCCAGGACAGAGAGGCCUGCCUGGUCUUCCUGGACCUUCUGGUCCUUCUGGUCCAAUGGGUCCCAGAGGACCUGUAGGAGAAAGAGGACUUCCUGGCUUCCCUGGACCUGCAGGUUCUCCUGGUCAAGAACGGGAAGGACCUCCUGGCCCUCCAGGAAAACCAGGAACCCCUGGAGAUGAAGGAAACAUUGGACCAGAGGGUCCACCUGGACCCAGAGGAGGACCCGGUGUUUCAGGGCCACCUGGUCCACCUGGACCACCAGGGCCUGUGGGACCACCUGGUGCUGCCAGUGAAGGGAGUGGGGAAGCUUGUCCUGCUGCCUGUCCUGCUGGACCUCGAGGAUUGGCUGGGCUGCCUGGAAUGAAGGGRCAUGAAGGAAUUCCAGGCAGGCCUGGAAAAGAUGGAAAACCUGGAGAAAAGGGAGACACUGGAGCACCAGGCUCUCAAGGGGCACCAGGUCGCAUCGGUGAUGAUGGACAAAGAGGUCCGAGUGGAUUUCCAGGAACCCCUGGGGAAAAGGGMGACCAGGGUGCACCUGGUUACAAUGGGGCUCCUGGACCCACAGGCCCUCCUGGAGCUCCUGGUGUGGAGGGAAUCCGUGGACGCCUGGGUCUGCCAGGUCCUAAGGGUGAUGAUGGAGCUGUGGGACGUCAAGGAUUGCAGGGUGUUCCAGGGGAGAAAGGAGAACCUGGAGAACCAGGCAAAGAUGGCUUAGAUGGACGUCCUGGAGCUGAUGGUGAAAAGGGAGAAUCUGGUACACCAGGAGCUGUCGGUGUUAGAGGGAUUGUUGGKAUUCCAGGGCUGCCAGGAAAGCAGGGAGUAGUAGGACCCCCUGGAGAAAAGGGUGAGACUGGCACUACAGGACCUGCAGGGCCCGUUGGACUUCCUGGGAAAAAUGGGGACCCUGGAAAAGAUGGMGCUGAUGGAAAACCUGGAGAGAAAGGGAGCACGGGUGAUGCAGGAAAACAAGGGCUGGUGGGACCAACAGGUCCACCAGGACUACAGGGUAUAAAAGGAGACAAAGGUAAAGCUGGUGCCAAUGGAAUGAAGGGCCAUACUGGGCCUAAAGGAGAUCAGGGAACCUCUGGACCAGUGGGACCAAAAGGAAACCAGGGGGACCCAGGUCAGGCAGGAGACCCUGGAGUCAAAGGAGAUCAGGGUCCUCCCGGAGUGUCUGGAAUCAAAGGAGAGCGUGGAGAAAAAGGCCAACGAGGAGCUACAGGAGCUGAUGGCAGACCAGGUCAGCCAGGACAUGAAGGUACGGCAGGUCCCAUGGGAGCUCAAGGACUGGAGGGAGAACCGGGUCUUCCUGGACCACCAGGGCCCAGAGGCUUAUCUGGCCCAAAAGUGAGUGAUGAAAAGCUUCGGGAGAUGUGCUCAGCAGUCGUUAAAGAGCAAUUAGAAGAGUUUAUGAAAGAGAUGUUGAAGAGGCCAGCAUCCAUUAGUGCUCCAGGUACCCCUGGACCAGUGGGACCACCUGGACCUCCUGGACCUGCCGGAGCAGCCGGAGAAAAAGGUGCUCCAGGGCUAAUGGGCCCUAAAGGCCACCCAGGAUUCUUUGGACUUCCAGGUGUACAAGGCCAGAAAGGUGAAUCUGGGGAAAAGGGAAACAAAGGAGACAAGGGAGAAGACGGUGUGGGAAUCAAAGGAAGUCCCGGUGCACCAGGUGUGCCAGGUGUGCCUGGUCCCCCUGGUAUCGGGAAGGAUGGUAAAAAUGGAGAGCGUGGUGAGACAGGAAGUUCUGGCGUCCCAGGACCUGCUGGUCCAAGGGGUCCCUCAGGACAGCCAGGCUUUUGUGACCCAUCAACAUGUAUGAGCAGACGUCCUCCUCUGUAUAUGAUCGGUGGAAAGAAGUCUUCUUCUUAUAAAUGAGACAUCCAAGCUCAGAGACCCUCUCCUGACCUCAUCCUGCCAGUGACCAUGUUUCAGGCCUUUUUGUAAAACUGAGCAUGGUGGUCUUCACUGGUUACACAAACAGCAGAGAAUAAAAAAGGAACAGAAAUGGGACACCACUGUACAGAACUGUGAUAACUUGUGCGAUUGGAGAAAGUGAAGAUGUUCAAAGGUUGUUGCUUUAAAUGCCAAGCAGCUUCUAGAACUAAGUCUACAGGCCUGUGAAAUGUCAGAGAUUUUUUUUACUGCUUUUUAUUCCCAUCCUCCAGACAUUAAACAGUACAGCGAUGGUAUUUGUUCAUUAAAGGUUUUUCAUUUCCUCCCAUA